UUACAUGAUAGUGCUUUGCUUUCAUUCAUUCUCCAAGUCUUCGUCAAAUAUUUUGAAUAUUUCUGAGUAUAUACGAAAUUCAAUCAGAAUUAAGUAAAUGAAACUUUGUAAAUUAGUUGUAAUAACUCGUCAUAAAUAAGUUUCUUUUCUAUAAAAAAUAUUAAACCGUGAAAACACGUUGAUUUUUUGGUUGUAAACAAGUGUUUUAAAAGUAGGUAACUAUGUCGCGCCAAGUAGACUCAAAUAUUUCUCGAUUAUUGCAAGGUUUGGGCCUGGAAGGAGAUGGAAAUGACUUUUGUGAUUUUACCAUUGCUGACCAAAACUCCGUAGCUGAGUCUCAAGGCAUCACUCCCACGACACCGUCCAACUUCAAACCGGUACUGGGCGGUAACGUCACAUACGUCGUCGCCUGUGUAAUCAUAAACGAGUCUAACGAAGUACUAAUGAUGCAAGAAGCGAAAGAAAGUUGUGCUGGGAAGUGGUACUUGCCUGCCGGCCGUAUGGAGAAAGGUGAAACUAUUGUUCAGGCUGCUGUUAGAGAGGUUCUUGAAGAGACAGGCUUGGAAUGUGAGCCCAAAACUUUACUUGUCGUAGAGACCGCCGGUGGAAUGUGGUACAGGUUCGUUGUGACUGGGGAAGUAGUUGGAGGAGAACUCAAAACUCCAGCAAAAGCAGAUAAAGAAUCUUUACAAGCUAAAUGGAUAUCAAAUUUGCAGGAAAUAUCAUUGAGGUCAAAUGACAUUUUGCACCUUAUAGAGAAGGCAAAUUUAUACAAACAGAACAAGGGUAAAGGUGUGUGGCACACAGAUAUUUUGCCAGCACCAACUCCACAUGUCAAGGACUUGCUGAGAUUGAUAGUGGUUAUAAAGAAGAGAAGUACAAAUAAGUUACAUGUAUUGUUGAGUGAAAAAACAUCUAUACAUUUUCCUAUGUGUGAGAUAAAUCCAGCCAAAAGUGUACAUUCUACUUUAAGAAGAUUUAUGGUGGAGAUGUUUGGAGCCGAUGUGGGGCAACAUCGCCCACUGGGUCUGUUGAAUGUGGAGUAUGACCCAUUAGCUGAUGGACUCUGCUUGACACUGUUGGUGGCAUUCCGAGCUCCGCUGGAAGAAGUUCCUCUUAUUGGGAAGUGUGCUUGGCAGGAGCUCAAUCAGGAAAAUGAACACCAAUUGCUCUCUAUAAUUUCAAAUAAAUAUUCAACAGUUGAGCUUCAUGUUGUUCGUUGAAGUAUCAGAAAUUAGUGAUAGAAAUAACAUGACAAAUCACAAGAAUACUCAUUAAUUUACGUAACAAAAAAUUUCUUUAAAAAGUAUAUCAAAUUAUGAUUAUAAAAUUGUGAUUUUAUGUUUGAAUUAGGUGCUAUUACUAUUAAAAUUAGUUUUUCUAUUACUUUAUUUACAGGUCUAUUGUUUUAUAGACUUUUUUAUAUAAUUGGAUUUGUUGCCAUUAAUUUUAUACCUAUUGUUUUAUUAUUUGGUAGUUAUUUUAUGUCAAUUUUGUAAUUGUUACUAAGGAAUGACUAACAAUGACUAACAUUAUUCAUACAUUCCCUUAUGUGAUGUCAAGCAGGUAUUAUUAAUUUCAAUUUAUUGUAUGGAAUAGUAUUGACAUUAUUUUUAUAUUAUGUUAUUUGUGAAGUAGCCAGAUUGCCUGAGGGUUACCUAGAGCAAGCAAUGAUCAAUGUGGACUGGGCUUUAAGUAUUACCAAUGUUUUACAAGAUAAUAUUUUAGUUGAACUAAUAAUUAAUUUAGUAGUUAUGAGUGUAAUGGGGUACUGUUUUUAUUUUUAUACUUUAAACAAAACAAACAUUUAUCUGAAAUAUAACUAAUAAAUAAUCAAUUUUG